AUGGGGUGGGUGUGGAAAGACGACGACAAGUCGAGCGAUUACUUUCAAGAAAACCCUAACUAUUCUUCUUCAUCUUCUGGUGAGGUAUGCUCCACUAGGACGGUGGUGAGGUCGCAGUGCAAGACGGAGGAGGUUGAGCCUGGAAAGUUCGUUAGGAAGUGCGAGAAGACCGAAGAGGUCCUUCGAGACUGCCUUGGAAAGCCUGUUGAAGUGCUGAAGUCUAACAAAGAGUAUACUGAAGAUGAUGUUACAGAGCAAGUGGUUAGAGGGGCUCUCCGUCCAGGAAAGUUUGAGGAUGGACCAUUUGACUUCCCUGGGCUUAGAAGUGAUAUUCAAGACAUAGAACGCCACUUCCUUGGUGGCAUCAACCGCUUCUUUGAAGCAGCUGAAGAGAUGAAGAACAACUUCUUCGAUGUUUUUGGCGACUUCCAUAAUGGGACUUCGUCAUCCUCUCCAUCUAUAAGGCGAGGGAUACCCAUUGAAGGCCAUCCGCCAACAGAAGCCUCUCCUAAACCAAAGGUGCCUGACUCUGGAGAUGUUGACCUUUCGGGUUUGGCAAGAGAUGUAUGA